AUGGCACCCACCCAGGAGGUUAUGGAGACCACAGCCGUGGACCUGGGCGCCCUUCUGGACGCAGGGGACGGCGCAGUCGUCACACUGGUGGCGGGCGGCACCCGUCUCGUGGCGCACAGGGCCGUGUUGGCCGAUAGAAGUCCCGUGUUUGGCGCCAUGUUUCGCCACGACACACUGGAAGCCAACUCCAGCGAGGUCGCAGUCCCGGACGUGGAGGGCCCGGUGCUGCGCCAGCUGGUCGCCUACCUCUACACCCUCCAGGCCCCUCAGCUGUCCAGCCUGGCCCCCCACCUGCUGGCAGCCGCUGAUAAAUACGGCGUGUCGGCCCUGAAGGCUCGGUGCGAGCAGCUCGUGGCCGCUCAGCUGUCCGUCGAGACUGCGGCGGCCGCAGCUGUUCUGGCGAUCAGGCACUCCUGCACCAGCCUCAGGCAGGCCGCCGUUAACUUCAUCAAGGCCAACGCCGUCCAGGUUAUGACUACACAGGGCUGGGCUGACGCAGUGCGCACUCAGCCUGAAGACAUCGUUACACUGGGUCAGCUGCUCGCGGAUCCUCCAGCAGAAACCAGCGCGCCGGCCUCUGCAGACGGCAGUGGGCCGCAGGGAGACCGCGGCCACACCCCUGCCACUGCUGCGCCGCCCACGGCCAGCCGCACCGCUCCUCCGCCAGAUGACUCUGCCGUCUCUCGCCUGCGGAGGCUUCCUGAAAAGGAGAAGAACAGCAGGCUGAUCCGGGCUGCGCAGGAGGAUGCAGUCACCGAGCUGCAGACGCUGCUGGCAGCUGGUGCUGACGUGGGGGCGACGGAUGAGGGCGAGAGCAGGUGUACGUCCCUCCACUGGGCUGCAGACAAGGGACACCUGAAGGCAGUGAGGUGCCUGGUGGAGGGUGGAGCAGACGUGGACGCCAGGACCAGCGGCUGGCAGGAGACGCCCCUGUACAGGGCUGCAUACAGUGGCCACGAGGCUGUGGCGCGGCUGCUGCUGGAGGCAGGGGCGGAGGCUGAUGCCAGGAACAAAAGGCAGAGCACUCCCCUGCAUGCGGCUGCAUUGGGAGGCCACGUGGCUGUGGUGCGGCUGCUGCUGGCGGCCACUCCUUACCACAGCGCCAGGGAUCAGUGGGGGCGAACGCCGCUGCACUGUGCGGCUCUGAACGGCCACGCAGACGCGGCAUCUGCACUGCUAGAGGCUGGAGCCGACCGUCUGGCCAGGAAUAACGACGGGGAAACCCCACUGGAUCUCGCCAGGAAGAACAACCACCAGCAGCUGAUAGAUAUGCUAAGGUGA